GUCUCGCGGCUUCUCCGUGCCUCUCGAGAGAACGUGGCUCAAAGCUCAAAACUUCAUAAAAAAAUCUAUUUACAUUACAUUAUGAAAUGACUCGAACCAUGGCCUAGAAAGCGGAUCAAGGCCUAAGAAGGAAGGCGUUUUCAUUUCACAACAAGAUAAGGUAGCCAGCUAGCUCCGUCGGCUGGCCAGAGGUUCGAAAACCAUUGGGCAAUGGGAGGGCACGACAACCUGAACCUCCUCCCUCGCUCCACGACCAGACCCCUCACAUGCGGCACCGGCACGGGCACAGUCGGUUCAUCGCCAUGCCGCUAGUCCGUCCACUACCGCAACGCCAGUAAGAUCGCCGCCGGGAGGAGGAGCGCGGCGGCGAGUGUCUCCUGCUCCGCCGCGUCCUCCGAGGCGCCGCCGUAACAGAGCACAAUCGAGGUGGUCAUCGUCGGCGCGACCAAGGAGAUGGGGAGGGCGGCGAUCGCGGCGGUGAGCAAGGCGCGGGGGAUGGAGCUCGCGGGCGCCAUCGACAGCCAGUGCAUUGGGAUGGAUGUAGGAGAGUUAACCGGCAUGGACGAAGCCCUGGAGAUCCCGGUGCUCAAUGACCUCACCAUGGUUCUCUGCUCCAUAGCACAGACAAGAGCAACUGGCGUGGUUGUUGAUUUCAGUGAACCUUCAUCUGUCCAUGACAAUGUCAAGCAGGCAACAGCAUUUGGCUUAAGCAGUGUUGUAUACGUUCCUAAAAUCGAGAUGGAUACAAUAACUGAACUGUCAGCAUUCUGCGACAAGGCAAGCAUGGGUUGCUUGGUCGCACCAACGCUGUCGAUCGGCUCGGUACUCCUUCAACAAGCUGCAAUCCAAGCCUCAUUCCACUACAACAAUGUCGAGAUAGUUGAAUCUAGACCUAACCCAUCGGACUUGCCAUCACCAGAUGCAAUACAGAUUGCGAAUAACAUAUCUGAUCUUGGUCAGAUAUACAACCGACAAGAUAUGGAUUCCGAUAAUCCAAUGAUAUGUUUCACAAAUUGGCUGGCUAGUGUUGAAAAGGCAAGAGGCCAGGUACUUGGAGAAGAUGGAGUGCGUGUGCACAUCAUGGUUCUUCCAGGGCUUGCCUCAAGCACAUCAGUCGUUUUGUCGGCCCCGGAGAGAUGUCCAGAGCUUAAUGCGAGGACUAAUUCUAGCAAUACGGAAGAACUUGAUUUAUGGCCUGGAGAAGUUCUUGUAGGAAACGGUCAGCUCACAUAUCAUGACAACUCUUUUUUUUUCGAGGAAGAGAUCAAUGGGAUUAAAUCAAUUCCAAGGCUCAUAAUCAGAAACACAGCCACUCGCAAGGCAGAUCCAAGAACCCUAAGAAAACGGCACACAGUUUUGGGUUUGGCUCCGCACAUAAGAUGACACUCCUGAUAGUGCUCCAGACAAUAAGCAAGCUGAUGACAUGGUCUCAGGGGUUGUACCUGAUUGCUUGUUGUACUUUGAGAGGUUUUUCAGAACCAAACUCUUGGAGAAAAAUUAUACAGGUCACGCUAUGGGCUCAGGUCCUUUCUAGUGUACCAACUUUUUUUUAA